AUGUAUCGGAUGAUCAGCAAGGUCAAGUGGGCCAAGACGAAACCACUGAAUCAAUGGGCAGCAAAGGUGAAGACCGGGAGCCGCUCGACUUCAACAGGCGAAAGGCCCGCCGAAGAAGUGGCGUAUUACCAAGACUUCAUGUUCAACCCUUCCGUCUACCCCAAGGCGGACAUAGUAGCGCUACGAGGGAUAUGUGAACAGCGGGCGGCAGCACCAGCAGGUAGUUUGCUCCGGCCGGCAACCAAGGAUGAGUGGAAAUCAUCGGUGGGUUGGCCGAAGGGAAAAUCAACCAUCCAGAGCCAAGUAGAAGGUGAACUUAAGCUUCAGCUUCGCGGGCGCACGACGAUCAGGCCAUGUCGACAGCAGACUCAGACCAUCCAAGAAGACAUUCGUAUUACAGCUGAAGAAUUACGAGCCAACACGCCAGAACUGCGAAAGAUGCUCAGCUUGACCAAAACGAUUAGUUACAAUCAUGCUCAACGAAGUUUACACUUCUUCUUCUUCGACAGAGCCACAGCCAGACAGUUCGAUCACGUCCAAGUCCCGUUCCGUAGGGCGGUGUAUCGUUUGGCGAACAUGCACCAGCCCGAUUCGGGAUCUGUAUGGGAUCGACAAGUUGGAAGGGAUGGCAUGAGGCUGACGCAGAAGCGCCGGUACGAGGUGGACAUCUACAACAUAACCAGAUUUACGGAUUUAGGGCUGUUGGAGGAGUAUUUCCAGCAGCAUAUUUUGACGAAGUUUGACUGGGAUCCAAUGGAUAGUUGUCGUCCGGAAUCGCUAACAGCUACAGUAUGGAGGCUGUCAGUGCACACGGCAGAAUGCCCUGACUUUCUGCGAGGGAUCGUGAGAAUUGUAUGGUAUGGAAGGACGCUCGUGCUUCAGCAUCCCAACGCUCGUCAACGGCUGCAGUACCUUCACUGUGGCAAUCUGGGCCACACGAUGGCGCGGUGUCAAUAUACGGAGAGUCAGCUUCUCGGCCCCGGAAGCCGAGUGGCUCUUGAACAAGAAGUAGCCAAGCUCGUGGACAGGACUAAACCGUUCGCUAGUCUGGAUGAGGUAACAGAAAUCGUCAACAAGCGACUGGAGAUCCAGAAAGAUGAGCAGAAAGAAGCUCAAGCAGCACUAGCCCCCGCCCGGUCAGCCAUGCAAUCAUCCAAGAGCCAGUGCCAACCCGUCGCAAGCGCAACAGUUCCAACCGGAUCAGCGCAACCACGUAGCUCCGAGCAGGAUGCGGCAGUGCCGCCCGUCCCUAAAAAGAAGUGGGUCACUCGGCCGUUGAGAAAUGGCAGAAAGCUUUACGCUCACGCGGCAACAUUUGAGCAAAAGCUGAGAGUGGACCGCUCUCGAUACGACGUGCUCACUGAAGACGACGAGAACGAAGGAGAUACCGAUGCAGAAAGCCCCGCAACAAAGCCUCUACCUCCUGCGCCAAUAGACAUUCCGUCGGAGGGCGAUCUCGAAGAAAAGGCGCCUGUCCUGAUAUCAUCAGCAGACAAAGCCAAGCUGCGCCUUGUGCAGGCCAAGCCCCCCAAACCGCAUUCCCCACCUCAAUUAGUGGCUUUGAAGUCACGGGAGCGGAAGGUGCUGCGCCAAGCUGUAUCUGCAGCGAGGCACCCGCUAGGAGAUCGAUCGCCGCCGGCGACAUACUCCGGGGAAGAGCUCCGAUCCUUCUCGGAGAUUGAAGCUAGUCUCGGUAUACGUUAA